CCUCCAAGGGAAGUCAACUCCUCUCAGUUCCUUCCAGUAGAGUACAAUCUCCUCCAGUCCUGUGAAGGGCUUGACACACAGAGACACACACAUGCACACAGCUUCAGUCUGCUGGCAGAAAGGGGGGAAAGGGAAUUCAAGGAACAGCAAAAAGAAAGGACUUUAAAGGCAACAGGAGAGACCUGGCGACUUGGUAGGGGGAACCAUUCUGCCCCAGGUUGAGAUACGCAGGACAAGAGUCUCACCCAGAAGGUUUCCAGCUUGGUACUUUCAUCUGCUUGGCAGCUGCCUAACACUGUGAGAACAAGAAAACGGGGCAUUUGGAUUUGCUUUCUCACUCCUUGGAAUAAUCCUCAGGGUUUCCAGGCUACACCUCUGGCUUUAUUCUCCUUGGAAGAGAACUUUAUAGUCACAGCCUGGCAACUCUCACUAUGGAUCACCUCCUUCUCCUUCUCCUGAUACCUCUUCUGGGACUGGUGAGCUGUGACCGGCCGUUUGUGCAGAGAGGCUUCUGGGACUUCUCCAUGGAUGAUCCUAAUGUCCAAGAAGAGGAAGAGGCCUCUGGAAUCUUCCCAACUUCAGGAGGAGCUGAAACUGAGGAAAGCUACCCUUUUUAUCCAGGCCUCUGUCCAUUUGGCUGCCAUUGCCACCUAAGAGUGGUGCAGUGUUCUGACUUGAGUCUCAAGGAAGUGCCAAAGGAGAUCUCGCCAGAUACCACACUACUAGAUCUGCAGAACAACCAGAUUACUGAGUUGCGCAAAGAUGACUUUAAGGGGCUCCAGCACCUGUAUGCCCUGGUGCUGGUGAACAACAAGAUCUCAAAGAUCCAUCCAAAGGCUUUCAGCCCCUUGCACAAGCUACAGAAACUCUAUAUCUCCAAGAACAACCUAGUGGAGAUCCCACCAAAUCUGCCCCCUUCCUUGGUUGAGCUCCGCAUCCAUGAUAACAAAAUCAAGAAGGUCUCCAAGGAUGUGUUCAACGGGAUGAAUAAUAUGAAUUGCAUUGAGAUGGGUGGAAAUCCUCUGGAAAACAGUGGAUUUGAACCUGGUGCCUUUGAUGGCUUAAAGCUGAACUACCUGAGAAUCUCAGAAGCAAAACUUACAGGUGUACCCAAAGAUCUGCCUGAAACCCUGAACGAGCUGCAUUUGGACCACAACAAGAUCCAGGCCAUCGAAUUAGAGGACCUGAUCCGCUACUCCAAAGUCUACAGACUGGGUCUGGGACACAACAACAUCAGAAUGAUUGAGAAUGGUAGCCUGGCUUUCCUGCCGAUCUUACGCGAGUUGCAUCUGGAUAAUAACAAGCUCUCACGGGUCCCUCCUGGACUGCCAGACCUCAAGUUUUUGCAGGUUGUGUACCUUCACUCCAACAACAUCACCCACAUUGGCGUUAAUGACUUCUGUCCUGUUGGCUUUGGGGUGAAGCGUGCCUCAUACCAUGGCAUCAGCCUUUUUGCCAACCCAGUGCCCUACUGGGAAGUGCAACCAGCUACCUUCCGCUGCGCCACUGAUCGCUUGGCUAUUCAGUUUGGCAACUACAAAAAAUAAAUAUAUCUAUAUCUAUAUCUAUAAGCGGGUUAUGGGUUGAGGGGGGGGGGGGGGAGGGAAAAAUGAAAGCAGAAAAGAAAACCAAUGGGGAAUCCGGAGGGGAGUGGGUGGGCAGGAGGAGAGUAAGGGUCUUUGGAAGUCAAAACCAUUCUGUGGAAAAAAGAGUUGUGGGGGAGGGAUCCAUAGGUAGAAAGAACAGUCAGGGCCUGUUAAAGAGUGCUGCAAGCCAAAGAAGAGGAAGGGGCAGGGAAAAUGACACACAGUAAAAGCACAAAGGCAAAUAGGUACAAACCUGACCAGUUUUAUACCAGCCUGCAUUUCAAAUGCACUGAUUGUGAUAGGAAAACAAGGACCAGUUUUGUUAUCCCUAUGGGUACAGAAGCAGCUCUUGCCCUGUGUGGGGCAGGGCACUGGUUCCCAAACUUUAAUUCUCCAGGUGUUUUGGUCUUUAACUUCCAGAAGCCCUAGCCAGCCUGACCAACAUUCAGGAAUUCUGGGAGCUGAAGUCCAAAAUAUCUGGAGGAUCAAAGUUUGGGAACCGCUGGUAUAGGGGCUGCAGUGGAUUCUGGACCACAAUGACGGUUUGCAUGAAUAAUCAGCAAUGCUCAGGGGCCACAUGAGAUCUUAGAAUCACAUGUGUUUUGCCUUUGUUCGGGGUGUCUCUUGAAUUGCACCAUUAGGUAGCAUCUCUGGGCUUUCGUGAUUGGGAAUGGUCACCAACGCUUCUGAUGGCAGAGAAUGUGCAUGAGAAAUGUGUGUGAGAGAAAUGUGCCUUGGGCUCUAACUUUCACCUCCAUUUUGUCCUUGCCAGUGUCCCCUACUUGGGGUCCUUUUACACUGCACAAUUAUAGCACUACGAUUCCCCUUUAACUGCCAUGGUUGCAUCCUAUGGAAUCCUGGCACUUGAAUUUUGGAUAGAGGAAUCAGUGGAGAAUUCUCUGAUUGAGAUUUCUAAGUGCCUCUCCCUAAACUGCAAUUCACAGAAUUCCAAGUGUCCCAAGACAUGCUCCUCACACAUGUUCUCUGUCAUCAGAAACAUGCGACAUUAAAUUUGGAGUGAGCACCCUGUGACUUUCCAUAUGUGGUUUGACUGCAAUUCCUGUCAGCCCUUGUUAAUAUACUCAGUGCUUGGGGAUGCUGCAAGUGCACUCAAACCACAUCUGGAAGGCCAUAGUUUCCCCAUUUUUUCAUUCAUCAAUUCACAAAUUAAUCAACUGUAUCUCCCCAUUCAAACUCAUACCUGGGGUAAUAUGUAUCUUGUAAUGUAGAAAUGGUUAUAAUGGUGCCUUUUUUACCUGAUACACAUAUUGAGACCUUCUCAAUCCAAAAAUUUAAUGCUGACACUAUUGUGUCCUGCAAAAUACCCAUAUCCUCAUACCCAAGUGAAAGUCAUGUGUAUCCACAAAAAUAUAACAUGGAAAUUGGCUUUGACUGGGCUGCACAGAUUCAGGCAGUACCCAAAUGGUUGCAAUCACACCAGCCAUAUCUUCAUAGGGACAUCCCACAAUUUUUCUUGGGACCUUCCCUUCUUUUUGCUCAAAGACCAAGACUGGUAUUACCAUGCUAUGAAGUGGAGCAGUCACAUUGUACCGAUGACAGACAAGACAUCAUCCUUACUCCAUCUUUCUAUUCUGGGUAACUGCAUGAUGUAGGAAGUACUGAAAAGCAGAUGAUCCAGGGAAUUCUGCACCUCUUUAUCUGUAGACCUACAACAUGCAAAAAGAACUUCUGUGUAUCACUUAAUAAGAAAGAGAGGAGACAGAAUCAUUUUUAGGAAUGUCUGUGUUACAAGUUGACAUCAGUGUUAUACCAGUGAUGCUUCCAUCAAAUCUUCCCACAAGGAAUCAUGGGAAUUGUAGUCUAUCAAGGAGGCUGAAAAACCUUGGCUACUGCUGCCACCCAGCUUACAGUUCCGAAAAUUCUUUGGAGAAAGGCAGUGCUAUUAAACAUGUUUAAGCUUGUAGUGUUGCUGUUUUCUGUCUUGGUAAUAAUAUCUAGCAUUUGAGUGAUCUGCCGUGUCCACUAUUCUGCUUCUAUUCCCAUUUUUAUUGAAGAAAAAAAAUAAGGCUGUUCUUCUAAUUCAUAUAUCGAGGGUAGGAAAUGUGCAGCUUCUCAGGGGUUGUUUGACUGCAAAUCCCAGCAACCAAUGCUAAAGAAUGCUACAAACUGGAAUCGAACUGGUUCUUAUGACUCCCACUCCCUGCUACCCAUGGUUUUUGCUGGCACUUGAGAAAAUGAUAGAUGUUGAGGUUUGGACAAGCUUGGUGUGGGCUUCUUGGCACUGUGGAGGAAGGAGGGUGUGAAAGCGUUUCCUAGCUUCAGCCCAAAUCUAAGGACACCCUCCUUCCUCCAGUCCAGCUCCAAACUCUCUCAUGUUUUGGCAGGGUUAGCAGAUGUUGUGGAUCAGCAUAUCCACUGAGACGAGCCUCCCCAAUCUUGGCCCAGUCUGGUUAAUGGCACCAUGUCCACUUCCUAACUCUAUAGGCCCUGCAUCAAGUCUAGGGCAUGAGCCCUAGAGUGUGAACUCCAGUAUGAGCCCUAAAAUUGCUGUGCUGAUGACACAGAAAAAGUGUGCUGUGUUGGUUCACAGUUUCAUUCCCUUUUACCCUUUCUCAGUUGUGCCUCCACUUACAUUGAGAGAUAUGGGAGUCCUUUAAGGCCCAGUGAUCCUAAAAUAUUUGAGCUGUCUUUCCAAUUGCAUUCAUGACCCAGUUGCAGUAGUUGGAAAAUUUAACUUUUUGCACUAUGGUUUCCAGAAUGCCAUCACUAAGAAUGGGCAGUGGGGAUUCUGGGAUCUGUAGUCCAAAACGUAACUUUUCCAUGCUCUGCAUGAAAAGGUGUUGCACAUUUCUCUCACACACAUUUCUCACACAAGUUGCCAAGUCUCAUGAAGCUCGGAGAAAAGCUGAAAGUUACUGGGUAGUACCUGGUAGAUUGAGGGUGGCAUCUGGUAAAAUGAGGGUAAGAGCACCCACUGAGGGCACCUGGUGGGUGAGAGAAAGAGCAUGGCUAUGCCCAAUGCUCCAGGGCUGAUCCCUGAAUGACAAAGAAAGUGUAGGUGGAACAAGUAGCAGAAACUCUAAAUCGAGCACGGAGUUAUUCCCCCCACUCAAUUCUGUCUUCCUCCAGAGAUCCAAGUGAAGGAGGUUUAAACCUUUGCUCUUCAGGUUAAUACUGAGACGCAGCAGCCCCAGGCCUAACCUAGAGGACAAGACCCACUUCAAAACACUGACCGUCGUAGGUUUUGUCCCAAACAAGGUCUGGGUAAGGAAGGAAAUGAAUGUAAGAGAUUAUCUGACAUCCCUGGGAUACAAGGGAAUAAGGCCACAUACCUUAGCAAACAUAAUUUGUAUUCUUUUUUAUAUAAAAAAUAGAUUGUUGUUAGACAAGUGAACUCAUAUUUAAAGAUCCAGCCCCCUCCAGAUCAGGAGGGAAAGGGAAUAAUAUAUAUACAGACAGACAGACAUACGUACGUACUGUAUAGGGGUAGGCCCCAUCAAUGAAGGACCCUACAUCACGGCUAAGCCUUUUGCAUGGCUUCUAGAUCUGUUUAUGUCCCAGCAAAAGUUAUACUGUCUACAAAGAAGUACAGAUGAUGCUUGAUUGGAACGACAAGGGAAUAAUUUAGGAACGUGGAACUCCCAAGUUUUUGUUUCAUUCCUGCCCCCCUCCCCUUUAUCUGGUCCAGAAAUGCAUGGUGGAAUCCUCUUUUAUUAAAGGAGCCCUAUUUUGAUUCCACUUGCUGCUUCUAUGUACUACAGUGCCUAUGCUAUACACAGCCACUUAGUAGCCAAUUACGCAGCACCUGGCCAUCUCUGUGGCUUCAUCCCUUCCGCAUUAAUGUUAACUAAGCUGCACCAAAGUGCCUUGAAUUGCAUUUUGUUGUUAUUUCAGAACCUGUCAGCAGAUGGAGCUGUGGGUUUAUGCUGCCAUUUUAUACAAGACUUUCUGGUUAAAUAGGAGGACACAACACUUGGGAUGGGCAUUGACUAGGUAUGAAUUAAUAGUUAACCCAACCUUGUGUUUGUGUAUGGUCAAAAUGACUUGCAUUCUAAUAAUGGCCUAUCUGGGGCAAUACAAACAGUUUUAAAAGGACAGUCGUACCCGUUUUGUGGCUAGAGCCUUUCUCUGGUUGUGAAUUUUAUUUCUGUGCCUAUGGCUUUCUUUCUGGAUGCAGGGAUUGCCUUCAUAAAUCUUUGCUCUCUUCAAAAAAAAAAAUUAUCACUUUUGGGUUUUUAAAAAUGUUCUCUUUUAAACCAUGUGCAAUAUUAACUUCUGUAAAGGUGUCCAAUAAAGUUAGUGAUAAUUGCCAACA